AUGAACUGAAGGAUGCUGUKCAAGAAAAGAAUCGCCUGAGCCUUCAGUAUGCCAGCGUGUCCCACAGAGCCCUGCAAUAUGACCAGGUGAAAUCAGACUAUGAACAUCUUAGAGAAACACUUAUCAGAGUGACCAAAGAACGAGAUUUGGCUGUAAAGGAAAAACACCAGCUCCAAGCCAAGCUGGAGAACUUAGAGCAGGUCCUAAAGCAUAUGCGAGAGGCUGCUGAACGGCGGCAACAGCUGGAGUUGGAGCAUGAGCAAGCCUUGGCUGUCCUCAACGCCAAACAGCAGGAAAUUGAGCUCCUGCAGAAGGCUCAGGUUGAAGCUAAGAAGGAACAUGAAGGAGCAGUUCAGUUGCUAGAGGCCAAGGUCCGGGAGCUCGAGGAGAAAUGUCGGACGCAGAGCGAACAGUUUAACCUCCUGUCCAAGGAGCUGGAGAGGUUUCGGCAGCAAGCUGGGAAGAUUGACCUGCUAAGCAGCAACACGGUGGCAGCCUCAGAUAUCCCCGGUUCUCCUAGUAAAUCCCUCUCCCAGUUAAUGAAUGGAAUAGCCACUUCUAUAGGCAAAGGUCAUGAAAGUCCUUCUGGAAGUCGGUGUGUGAUUUCAGAGUUUAUACGACCCCUGCAGAUUUCUGGAGACAAACCAGAACAAUUGUCUGUCAAACCUACAUUCCUGUCCAAGUCAAGAUCUGGUAGCGCAAGAUGCAGAUUUGAUUCAGACAUGGAUAAUGAUCGGAAUUCCAAUACCUCAAAGCAGAGAUAUUCUGGGAAAGUCCAUCUUUGCAUUGCCCGUUAUAGUUACAACCCUUUUGAUGGACCAAAUGAAAAUCCAGAAGCAGAGCUCCCCCUUACAGCAGGAAAGUACCUUUAUGUGUAUGGAGAUAUGGACGAAGAUGGCUUUUAUGAAGGGGAACUUCUAGAUGGACAAAGAGGACUAGUCCCCUCAAAUUUUGUGGAUUUUGUUCAAGACAAUGAGACCCGUUUGUCAAGCACUCUAAGCAGCGAACAAGAUCAGAAUUUCAUCAAUCAUUCGGGUCCUACUUUGGAAGGAGAUCUCCUAGAGAUAAGUCCACCGAGUCACAUGGACUCUAGUGUAAUCAGCAAUGGUGCAGGGACUCUGGAUGUGAAUAUAGAUGAAAUUGGAGAAGACAUUGUGCCUUAUCCUAGAAAAAUCACCCUUAUUAAGCAACUAGCCAAAAGUGUCAUUGUGGGCUGGGAGCCACCGGUAGUGCCACCUGGAUGGGGACCCAUUAGCAGCUACAACGUGUUGGUUGACAAAGAAGUACGAAUGAACAUAGCCUUGGGAAGCAGAACUAAAGCUCUUAUAGAGAAGCUUAACAUUUCUGCCUGUACAUACCGAAUAUCAAUUCAGAGCAUCACAAACAAGGGAAACUCAGAUGAACUCCAGUGCACUUUGUUAGUUGGGAAGGAUGUCAUUGUAGCCCCUUCUAAUCUUAAAGUGGAGAACAUAACCCAGAUUUCUGCUGAGCUGUCCUGGCUCCCUACAAAUAGUAAUUACAGUCAUGUGAUUUUUCUUAAUGAAGAAGAAUUUGACAUUGUCAAGGCUGCUAGCUACAAGUACCAUUUUUUUAAUUUGAAGCCCAAUAUGGCCUACAAAGUGAAGGUUAUGGCAAAGCCCCACCAGAUGCCCUGGCAGCUUCCGCUGGAACAGCGAGAGAAAAAGGAAGCCUUUGUGGAAUUUUCUACGUUGCCAGCAGGUCCUCCAGCUCCACCUCAAGAUGUUACUGUCCGGGCUGGGUCCACCUCAGCAACUCUACAGGUGUCCUGGAAACCACCAACUCUGACAGCAACAGGGACCUCCCAUGGUGCCAAUGUCACCGGCUAUGGUGUUUAUGCGAAAGGUCAACGGGUGGCAGAGGUGAUCUUUCCUACAGCAGAGAACACAUUGGUGGAGAUAAUGAGAAUAAGGAACUUGGAAGCAAAGGAAGUUACUGUUCGAACCCUCUCUGCUCAAGGAGAAUCUGUGGACUCUUCAGUUGCUGCCAUUCCAUCUGACCUACUGGUGCCUCCAACCCCUCACCCUAGAACUGCUCCCAAAUCUAAGCCAUUAGCAAGUGCCGGAGUCCCAGAAACCAAAGACGAACAUUUAGGUCCCCAUUUAAAAAUGGAUGAGUCAUGGGAGCAGACUCGUUCGGCCUCCCCCAUUCAUGGACACACGCUCGAGCCACCUGCCCCGAACUUCCACGGGGGAAGGAGGUCUCCAUCACCCAACCGAAUACUCCCUCAGCCUCAAGGCACGCCUGUCCCAAAUACUGUUGCAAAAGCCAUGGCAAGAGAAGCUGCACAGCGAGUUGCAGAAAGCAACCGGAUGGAGAGGAGGAGUGUGUUUAGCGAGAGGAGCAAUGCAGCGCAGUAUGUGAACUCAGAUGAUGAGGAGGAUGGCUACGAUUCUCCUAAUAUCAAAAGGAGAGGGGCUUCAGUUGAUGAUUUCCUAAAAGGGUCAGAACUUGGAAAGCAACCUCACUAUUGCCAUGGGGAAGAGUACCACACAGAGAGCAGCAGAGGCUCGGACUUGUCUGACAUUAUGGAAGAAGACGAGGAAGAGCUGUACUCGGAAAUGCAGCUGGAGGAUGGAGGAAGACGAAGGGUCAGCKUGACUUCACACAAUGCCCUCAAGGAGUACGAUAAGAAUAAGACCAAUGAAGCCACUUUUUUGGAACAUCAUGACUUUUCACAGCAAAAACAUCACAGUAAAAAGCUUUUCAGUAUUCCAGAAGUAGCUGAAGAAGAUGGUGAAUACCCUGAGCUGCUGUACAAGCAGGUUUUAGGUGUGCCCUAUAAAAAGAAUUCCACCAUAGCUAGAGAUGCUAGAGCACCUAGGCACUACAAUCAAGACCAGCAGCACAACUUCUGGUACCCAGCCAAACAUAGACUUGCAGGUAUGGAGGAUUUUGCGUCAGACGACAAAGGAUGCAAAUAUAGUCGGUCCUUAUCAAGAAGCCCCGACAGCGGAUUAGACUGUGGAAGUGAAGAAGAAGAGUCUCGCUUUAAUUUCAGAUACACUUGCAACUCGGUUUCUGCCAACGUUGCCUCUAGCUGUUGUGCAGAGACGGCUCCCUGUUCCUGCAGGAAGAGCACGAGGCCGUUGCUUGCUCGCAGGAAAACCUUAACCAGACAAAGCAGCAUCGAGGAAGAUUUUGGGGACCUGGGUCCUUCCUUUGGAGAGCCCAGGAGUGAACAGGUCAAGUCCAGUUACGAGAGAAAGUACGAGACCCAGAAAUGUGCUAGAACAGAUAAUUUGUCUAACGAAGAUGUUCAGGGAGGCUGGAAGACCGGCUUUAAGGCUGACUCUAGGGCAUCUGGUCCACUUGCAAGGUCAUCCCACAGAGAUGCUGAAGACUCUCUGCUUUUAGGUAAUCCAUCAGCUGCAGGACGGCCUGAAAGGGUGGAACAUGCAGGGCGAAGGUCCUCUCAUGGCAGUGCAGUGCCACAAAGGUCUCGACCAAUGUUGGUCCCUUCCAUUGAUGGCUAUGGUCAUGACCAUCUUUCUCCAGAUAUUUAUGAAGAAUCAGAAACAGACCCUGGCACAGAGGAUAUUUCUACUCGAAUAUUUGUUGCACUCUUCGACUACGAUCCAUUGACCAUGUCCCCAAACCCCGAUGCUGCAGAAGAGGAGUUGCCAUUUAAAGAAGGACAGAUCAUUAAGGUUUAUGGGGACAAAGAUGCCGAUGGAUUCUACCGGGGUGAAACCUGUACAAGAAUUGGCCUUAUCCCAUGUAAUAUGGUCUCUGAGAUCCAAGCAGAUGAUGAAGAGAUGAUGGAUCAGCUUCUAAAACAAGGUUUUCUUCCUUUGAACACGCCAGUUGAGAAAAUAGUCAACUGUGACCGUUUCAAAGAGAGCACACGCUCUGUACACCGCAGAUCCCGAAAGUCUAAAAGAGAAAGGAACAGGCGGAGCGGCCGGCAGCACUCGGUUUCUACAAGGAGGAUGGUGGCCCUCUAUGAUUAUGAUCCGAGAGAAAGUUCUCCCAACGUGGAUGUAGAGGCUGAGCUUACGUUCUGCACAGGGGACAUUAUCACGGUCUUCGGUGAGAUUGAUGAAGACGGAUUUUACUAUGGUGAACUUAAUGGACAAAAGGGGCUGGUUCCUUCCAACUUUCUUGAAGAAGUGCCUGAUGAUGUUGAAGUCUAUCUGUCUGAUGCACCCUCACGAUAUGUUCAAGACACACCGAUGCGUACAAAAGCAAAAAGGAAGAAGAGUGUUCAUUUCACACCUUAAUAAGGCAAUGUAGCCUUCACGUAAGUGAGCAACUGAAGAUACCAAUAAAGAUACCAAUUAAAGCUACCUGACUAUCUAAUGCAAGUCUUGAAACUUAACUGUGGGGAAAGAAAAGAAAUAUGUCUCCAAAAUCGUUGGCCACAGAGAACAGGCUCUAUGCGUUUACUGUAUCUACGCAAAUCAAUGUAGAUUUUUUUGGAGACAACUCCUUUAAAAAGGAAGUCUUGGCAAGGUAGUCAAUUAGGUCUCACUUGAUAUGAAGGUCAACGUUUGGAGCAUAUUUCUUAUUGAGCUAAAUGUUUCUGUUUACAUGGAAAGGAGAGUUUGAUGUUUAAUGGCCCUACAAUGAGAGCUGCAUAUUGCAUUGCUAGCCAACCUGAGAGAUGCAGAGUCCUCACAGCCCUCUAAAGAGAAAAAGCACAAUCUUCUCAGCCCUUCAAGAACAUACAAAYGACAUGGAAGCUGAUGAGUUCUGUAGUUCAUAGGAGUAGAGUUGGCUUUGAAACUCGUUAAACUCCACUAUAGUUACKUAUAGCUGCCUUACAAUGUAUUUUUCCAUGAUUGAUUAUCCUCCUGUUUGCCUAACUCUGAAGAAUUCUGAACAAAACAAAUGCUGACGUGAAGUAGGACUUGGAGAAAGGACACACAUUUGAAAUACUAGCAACUGUUUGGUUUACCAAUGCAAUAGAGGUCUUGAUAUGAAACAUGCAGCUCACUCAAUGAAUGCAUUAGACUAAAUAUAUGGUAUCUUCAGGUGUACGUUGGGGUGCUUUACUAAGUUGUUUUGUUUUGUUUUUUUGUUUUUUUUUUCUUUUUUCAUUAGAAUUAGACCUUGAUUUAAAAUCAAAGUUGGCUUGAAGCUCCUUUGCUUAAUUCACUGUUGCACAACAAGGCAGUAAAUUGCUAAUGUUUUAAACACAAAAUACCCAGGGUCCCUAAGGCAUGGAUUCUAUUAUGAAAAUACCUUAACAUAUACUACCAUGUUUUGUCAGCAGGGCACCGUAGUUACCAUAGGCUUAGUAUAAGUAGUUUUAGCCUCUUCAUCCAAGUGUUUUUGAUGAUUAAAAAAAAAAAAAGUAUAGCUCUGUUUAAACUAUUUUAGGAAUGCUGUCAUUCUAACUAUUGUACAAGGCUUCGCUUCCACUCAGCAACUCAUAGCUGCAGCAUACACAUCGAGCAUGCAGGGUCUUUAAGCUUUCUUUGAUUGCAAUUAAGGUUCAUUUUAGCUUUCUUUU